AUGGUGGCACGAGCAGCCGAGCUGGAGGAGAUUGAUCCCAUGACAGGGGACAUCAUCGGAGGCACCACCAUGGCCACAGAGGCCAGCGAGCGGGUGGAGGCGGGCGGCUUCACGUGGGCGUUGCGUAGGGGGGAGGUGAACGAGGCGGCGGCCACCCCCGACAAGCUCCCCAUCCUGUGCCUCCACGGCAUCGGCAGCAGCUCCUACACUUACCGCAGCCUGGUGCGCCUGCUGGGCGAGGCGGGGCACGAGGCCAUCGCGGUGGACUGGCUGGGGCAUGGCGCCUCCAGCAAGCCCACCAGCGGCUUCGACUACUCAGCAGAAGCAUAUGUGGCGGCCCUGCAGCAGUUUGUGGCGGCGGCGGGCAUCCGGCAGCCGUUUGCGCUGGUGGUACAGGGCUACGUCCUCGGGCAGUACGGCCUGCUGUACGCCCUCGAAAACGAUGAGUCAGUUGCCAAGCUGGCCAUCCUCAACACCCCGCUCAGCCAGAAGACCCCGCUGCGGCCGGAGCUGGCGGCCUACAAGAACCCCGUCCCCUUCCUGCGGCCAAAGGCGGGCAGCAAGUUUGCCGGCGACUUGUUCAAUGCCGCGGGGGGGCCGUAUGCGAUGACCUACCGCGAUGCCCAGGCGUACGAUGCGCCGUACCAGGAGGAGGCUGCUGCCAGUGAGGCAAUCGCGUCCAUCAUGGCCCAGCUGGACUGGCCCGCGUUGCUGAGGCGCGUGGAUGAGGGGUACCAGAGCUGGCGCCAGCCCAGCCUAGUGCUGCACGGCACCUCGGACCAGUUCAUCCCCUUCAAGUCUGUGUUUGAGUGGCUGGAGAGCAAGCGCACUUGCAUGAGGAUGGGCAGCAGCGUGGAGGCCAAGCUGGGCCACAUGCCGCAGGAGGACUACCCCGAGGCGGUGGCUAAGGAGCUGCUCAGGUUCUUCGAGUUUGGCGCUGAUGAGAAGUGA